AUGUUGACGGUAUUCUUGGAAUUUCUUGAAAUUCAUGUCUGGAAUCAACAAGACGAACCGCUAGCGCGCUCUAAAUGGAUUUACCCCUCAUCAACAUCAGCUGUUAGGCCUAUUAGAAGUUCGAAAGGUCCACUUUUAUCACUACCAUCUACAUCUAUAGAAAGUUCUGAUGAAUUGAACGAUCCAAGCUGCGUGAGCGAUGACGACUUCAUUUCAAAAAAUUAUUUCCAACCGAGACCAUUGAAUCAAAACGAGCUUAGUGAUGUAAUUAGAGACCUUGGGCUGUCGAAGACUUCUUUCAAAUUACUAGCUUCCUGGUUGAAAGAGAGACAUCUUAUAACUAAAGAAACUAAAGUUUCGUAUUACCGCACUCGAGAAAAAAACUUUGUUCCUUUUUUCGCUGAAGAGGAUGAUUUUGUGUAUUGCACUGAUCUUUCUGGUUUGAUGACUGCCAUGGGUUUACAGAGAUAUGAUUCAAACGAAUGGCGUUUAUUUAUCGACUCGUCAAAACGCAGUUUAAAGUGUGUACUAUUGAAUAAUGGAAAUAAACUAGGCUCCUUACCGAUCGCACAUUCAACUAAACUUAAGGAAGAAUACCCUACAAUUGCAAUAGUCCUGAAGAAGAUAAAGUAUAACGAACAUAAAUGGAUAAUUUGCGUUGAUCUUAAGAUGGUUAAUUUCCUUUUAGGCCAACAAAGCGGCUAUACUAAAUAUCCCUGCUUUAUAUGUUUAUGGGAUAGCAGAGUUAAAUCAUAA